GCAUUGAUUUUAAAUAAUAAUCAAUGCUAUUAGUAAUUCGUAAUUUCUAUUUUGUGAAUCAUCGCAGGUCAUGAUUUAUGAAUAAUUGUUCACUAUAAAUUUUUAUAUUUUGAACUAGAUUAUUAUGAAUUCUUGUUAAAUAGAAAAACAAAUUAUAACUAAUAAUUAGGGAUGGUUCAAAUUAAACUCCAUUUAGUCGUGGUGUUAUUGAAAUUAGAACAAAUUUUAAUUUAUACUAGUACUUAUUAAUAACGGCUAGUUACGUUUUUUAACAUGCCAACUAUAGCUGAAGGAGGUCCAGAGUACAACAAAUUGAUGUUCCAUUAUACACGAAGUUGGACAGAUGAUCUUCCGGUUUGUAAAGUUUCAGGAGUUGGGUACUUGACUCGUCAGCGAUAUAAUGAAUUAGGUCAGCAUCGUGAAGAAUUAGAGUCAGAAGAUAUUUGUCUCAGAUGUUGUUACGAUGAUGGUGUGGUAUGGCUGUAUGGACUUUUUGAUGGCCACAAUGGUACAAAUGCUGCUCAGUUUGCCCGAGACAGAAUUGCAGCAGAAAUAUUACUAGGUCAACUGCCAAAUACAGAAUUGGAUCAGAUAGCUAGAGAAAUAAUUCAGCAAAGUUUUACAUCUGUGGAAACUACUUAUUUAGAGACUAUAGACAAUAAACUUCUUCAAAGAGCUAGUCUCCAAUUUCAACUUCCUGAAAAUAUAUCACCUUAUGAUGCAUAUCAACAAUACCCACAAAUUAUAGAAAAGCUAAAGGAGCUUAAUGAAGAAUUAUCAUGUGGUACUGGGGCAGCUAUAGCAAUACUAAAAAACAACCAUCUUUUUGUUGCUAACGUGGGAGAAAGUCGAAUAUUAUUAUGCAAAACCGACCAAGAUGAUGUUUUAAGAGUAGUACAGUUAAGUGUAGAUCAUAAUUUAACCAACUUAGAUGAAGUAAUGAGACUGACUAACCUUGGAUUGCAAGUAACUGAAGGAAAAAUCAAUGGUAGUCGAACAAUUGGAAAUCAAUUAGCAACACGAUGUCUUUGUAACUAUAUGGUAAAAAGUGCGUAUAAAGAUUAUGAAGGACUCAGUUCUGCAGCUGCCGAACCAAUAAUUGCUGAACCUCAUAUUACUGGAGGAAUAGCAAUUGAUUCUUCAUAUCGAUUCAUGAUGAUAGCAUCACCGGGUCUUUUAAAAAUAUUAGAAGAAGCUACUGGAACAAAUCAAGUGAACAAAGAAUUAGCGCUAUUGGUUGUAGAGCAAUUGCGCAUACAGUCUACAUUAACUGGUGUUGCACAAGCUGUUGUGGAUCAUAUAGCAAGAAUAUAUCAUGAUACACAUGAAGCUCAAGAUAAUGUUAUUGGUGCUACUCGUCCAAACAUAACAUUAAUGGUGCGUAAUUUUAAUUUUGCGAUGCCCAAUGCUAUCACAGAACAACAACACAGUUGGAAUAGUUCAUAUGAUCAAGAUACUGCCAUUAACUUGACUCAAACUACUACAUCAACUACAACGGACCAGUCUAGUAGUUUAGCUAAAAAAGUUUUACCUUAUGUAGAUUUUAAUGAAUUCAAUGCUAAUGUAGAAAAAGCACGUGCAAAUGGGACUUUGCCUCCAAAUAUUAACUUUUUCUAUUAAUAACAGUAUUCAUAAAAUGUAACGGGAGCUUGUUUAAAUAUGUCAACUUAUUAAUAUACUAUUUUUUAUUUAAUUUAGAUUUUAUUAACAAAAUAUAAUGAUUAGUUCCUAUUUUAACAAAUAAAUUGUAUUGUUAACUUUUA